AUGUACUGCUGGUGCGUGGCAGACGCCAGAGAGCACGUGGCAGACGCCAGAGAGCACGUGGCAGACGCCAGAGAGCACGUGGCAGGCGCCAGAGAGCACUUGGCAGGCGCCAGAGAGCACGUGGCAGACGCCAGAGAGCACGUGGUAGACGCCAGAGAGCACGUGGCAGACGCCAGAGAGCACGUGGCAGACGCCAGAGAGCACGUGGCAGACGCCAGAGAGCACGUGGCAGACGCCAGAGAGCACGUGGCAGACGCCAGAGAGCACGUGGCAGACGCCAGAGAGCACGUGGCAGACGCCAGAGAGCACUUGGCAGACGCCAGAGAGCACGUGGCAGACGCCAGAGAGCACGUGGCAGGCGCCAGAGAGCACUUGGCAGACGCCAGAGAGCACGUGGCAGACGCCAUACAGCAUGUGGCAGACGUCAGAGAACACGUGGCAGACGCCAGAGAGCACUUGGCAGACGCCAGAGAGCACGUGGUAGACGCCAGAGAGCACGUGGCAGACGCUAGAGAGCACGUGGUAGACGCCAUACAGCAUGUGGCAGACUCCAGAGAGCACGCGGCAGACGCCAGAGAGCACUUGGCAGACACCAGAGAGCACUUGGCAGACGCCAGAGAGCACUUGGCAAACGCCAGAGAGCACUUGGCAGACGCCAGAGAGCACUUGGCAAACGCCAGAGAGCACUUGGCAGACGCCAGAGAGCACGUGGCAGACGGCAGACAAUGGGAUACAAAGGAGUUCCAUAGAGAAGUGAGAUUGUCUGGGUGUGUCAUCUUCUUCAAGCUGCUCGCCGCGCCCUUGUGA